AAAACAUUUCCCAUUUUGUGAGAAAGGUAACUAUCUUGGCGUAAUUACAACCUUGGCGAGGUUGCAAGAUUCUUCUGAAAGCCCUAACGUUGCGCCUUCUCAGCUUUGCCUAGUUGCCAGCGGCCAGCCGAAGCCAUCAUGGCCACGAGGCUGCUGGUCGCAGCCCUUGUGAUUGCGGCUUGCGGUUUUGCGGGUGCGGUCUCAAACGACUUGCUGCGCCAGGAGCAUAACCAGGUGUUGCUGGAAGCCCAAGCUAAUCCGCUUGGGGCUUUUAACCUAUGGGUGAAGCGGCACGCCAAGCCCUACCUGCCUGACACCGAGGAGUUUAGGACGCGUUUUGCUGUUUGGCUGGACAACCUUCAAUAUAUUCUCUCCUACAACGCGCGCACCACGUCACACUGGCUGCACCUAAACCACUUGGCUGAUCUGACUACCGAGGAGUACCAGUCUCGGCUGGGCUUUGACAACCAAGCUCGCCUUGCAAGCAACCGCCUGAAGUCGAGCACUUUCAUGUACUCCGACGUGGAUGCGGACACCCUUCCUCCGGAUGUGGACUGGCGCAAGAAGGGUGCGGUUGCUGAGGUCAAGAAUCAAGGGCAGUGCGGUUCGUGCUGGGCGUUUUCCACAACUGGCAGUGUUGAGGGCAUCAACGCCAUUGUCACCGGUGAGCUUGUUGCUCUGAGCGAGCAGGAGCUGAUCGACUGCGACACCAGCCAGGACAAGGGUUGCAGCGGUGGUUUGAUGGACUAUGCUUACACCUGGAUUAUCAAGAACAAGGGCAUUGACACCGAGGACGAUUACCCUUACACCGCCUUGGACGGUUCUUGCAUCUCCGAGAAGAAGAACCGCCGUGUCGUCACCAUUGACUCCUAUGAAGACGUGCCCGAGAACGACGAGGUUGCGCUUAAGAAGGCCGUCGCUCACCAGCCGGUUGCUGUUGCGAUUGAGGCCGAUGCCAAGUCCUUCCAGCUCUACGGUGGCGGUGUCUACGACGACGCCACCUGCGGCACUUCCCUCAACCACGGUGUCCUUGUUGUUGGCUACGGUCGGGAUCCCAAGGCCGGCACCUACUGGAUCGUGAAGAACAGCUGGGGCCCGGAGUGGGGAGAUGCUGGCUACAUCCGUCUCAAGAUGGGCGUCACCGACAAGGAGGGCCUGUGCGGCAUCGCUAUGGCUCCUUCCUACCCCAUCAAGAAGAACCCCAACCCGCCCACUCCUGGCCCGACGCCCGGCCCCAAGCCUGGUCCCAAGCCCGGCCCCUCGCCCAAGCCCCCCAAGCCCGAGCCUGUCAAGUGCGACAGCAGCAACGAGUGCCCCGCGGAGAACACCUGCUGCUGCCUGCAGGAGAUCUUCAACAUGUGCUUCCAGUGGGGUUGCUGCCCGAUGCCCAAGGCAACUUGCUGCGAGGACGGCGAGCACUGCUGCCCCUCGGACCUCCCCGUCUGCGACACCGACGCUGGCCGCUGCUUGCCCAGCCCUGGAGUCAUGCUCGGCUCCAAGCCUUGGGCCACCAAGACGCCGGCCAUUCACCGCUCGUGGUCUGAGCGCAUCUUUGGUCGCGGUUGCCAACGUCAACGCGAACAGCAGGAGGAGUUGCCGGCUCAGUAAGACGCAGGAGGUGGCUUAUAAGUGCUGCGGCAUGCGACUAAAGGGCGUGCAGCUUGGCACCCGAGGACACUGGUUGCUCGCAGGGGAUUCAGAGGUCUGAGCUUGUUUGGAGCGUGUCUGUGCUUUUGUAGCAAGUUGGGGGAGGGUCGCGGUAGGCAGGCAUGUUGCAGGUACAUACAGGCUUCUUACAUCCGAUUGAUGGUAGUAGUCCUUUAUGAGUGUAUGGCUAGUGCUCUUUUUUGCCCCUUGUGAGUAGCGAUGCCCUCGUGAAUAGAGAUCCUCCAGGCGAGGCGGGUCCUCGGGCUUGCAUUUGGCGCAAAGUGGACCUUGCUUCGAGUGCCGUUUCGUGCCAGGUUUACCUUGCGCUAUCGCAUCGGAAUGACAUCCCCCACGUGGACAUCCCGGCGUUGUAUUUGUCAAUAAGCGGGGCUCUGUCCUGCGCUGGGCGCAGCGCGUUUACUUGUGCGUUAGGCAGAAUGAGCAGGUGCAUCCGGGAGGGUGGAGUUGAGCUGGGACGACAGUUGUUGUGCCAGUUACGCAGACUACAGGAACAAAGAUCGUGUUGUUUGUCAGCUGUAUGGAAGUGGUACGGACGUGUAUGUAGUGAACGUAGGUAGUCUUGAGGGGCGGCUGUAUCGCUUGUGCUCAUACGGUUUAGCUUGCUCGGAUGGUCUUGUUUGAUGUAACUUGUAGGCAAUUUUGACGGUAGGCGGACGAGAAACGGCGACGAAGGGCGAGUAUUGUUGCUGGGCGCUGUGCGUUGUUGAAGCUGGCCCUGCAUAUGGGCUUAGUAGCAGACACGUCGCCGAGCUGAGUCAUGGUAGCUGGUUCACCGCUUAGUGACUUACUCGUAGGCAGCUGCAAUGUACAUCGGACCCUAUCGAGUAUUGAGCGCUUUGCUAUUCACCCUUCUUCUGCAAAGAGGGCCUGAACCGCAAAGUCUGCCAAGUUGUCUCGUUCCUGUACCGGUAUGUGUUUGAUGGGAGAAGGGUGUUGCCCGCUUGCACCUGUUGUGUGCUUGGGAGCAUGCACUUCUCCGGCUAUCUUGCCGCCCGUCCGCCAGGUUGUGGCGUUAGUCCUGUAUAUUGUUAAGUGGCGAAGGCUGCCAAAUACCGGUAGCCCUAUUGUACACUACAUCCGAGCUAGACGCUGGGGAUGGGCCUUGUAACUUUACAUGCUGUCG